GCAGUUGACCGUUGCUAGUUACAGAGCCAAGACAGACGUUUGUUAGCAAGCUAGCCAACUGCGCAUUUGUUUUUUUUUCGACCAUAACUGAAGUUCAUACUUUAUAGAAUCAAAAUGGUAAGUUUCAUGACGAAAGUAACGUGCCUAGCUCGACGGACGAACAAACUAAUUUAGGUCUAGCUAACAUUAGCCAGUCAAGAUAAUUAUUUAAUUGGUUACAACAUGAACAUAAAUUGGGCAGUUUUUGGUUUUAUUCCCCCACAGCGUGAGUGCAUCUCUAUCCACGUUGGUCAGGCCGGUGUUCAGAUCGGGAAUGCCUGCUGGGAGCUGUACUGCUUGGAACAUGGGAUCCAGCCCGAUGGGCAGAUGCCCAGCGACAAAACCAUCGGCGGAGGGGAUGACUCAUGCAACACCUUCUUCAGCGAGACUGGAGCGGGAAAACACGUCCCUCGUGCAGUGUUUGUUGACCUCGAACCAACUGUUGUUGGUAAAGGACGAAAAUAAAGUUGGUAUUCAGAUGAGAAUCUACGUAACGUUAGCUAGGAAAUGUUACCCGUCUAAAAGGCCGGUUUAAGAAAUCCCGCCUGAACUGUUGUGAUUUUCCGUAGAUGAGGUUCGCACUGGGACAUACCGUCAGUUGUUCCACCCCGAGCAGCUCAUCACUGGUAAAGAGGAUGCCGCCAACAACUUCGCCCGAGGCCACUACACCAUUGGCAAAGAGAUCGUCGACCUGGUACUGGACCGAGUUCGCAAGCUGGUUAGUAACGUUUGGAGUCAUUUUGUUAGCCUGAACUGAAGCCAUGUGCUUCCAAUUCCUAGUUGUACAGCAGCGUUUUUUUUGUGUGGGAACAAAACAGUUAAGAGUAACGUUAGAUUAUUGUAUGGCAGGGCUCUAUGUAGGCUGGACACAUGAAAUUGUUAACGUUUUUCUGUGAUUAAAAACUAGGUCUUUAUUUCCGCCAUGGAGGCCAGUUUAAUAAUAUUACCUUAUGGCCCAGCUGGUUGCCGUAGUUUUGAAGUAAUCGUGAAAAAAACAGGCCUUAUUUUAGGGCAAUUUUCACCCUGCACCAACUCGCCUUCCGAACGUUCUAGUCCCAGCCCAUUGUUCUGCGUCACAAUGCCAGCUUCGCUAUUGUCGGCAAUGAGACCAGCCCGCGUUUAACCUUGCUGGUUUACCUAAGGUAACUUGUUUAUUACCAAGUUCACUGUUCUGUUGUGGUGACACGAUGGCUGGCGAAAAGCCAUUAAAGGUAAAACAUUUUCUGGUCAUGGUUAACCAUAUAUAUUUUCUUCAGAAAAGAUGUAAACCCUAAACAAAACGCAUGUCCCUGUCCUCUUUUUCAAGAUGUGGCCGAUUUAAACAGCCAGAAUACAUUUUUAAAUUAUGAAAUAACUAUUAAAAAAAAAAAAUGUUGUUUCUAAAUGGCUGCUGGGUAAUUUGAUAUGCGUCAAUCUUCGUUCGUAGGCAUCGAAUUGACCGAAUGCUGCGCAGGUUCACCCGAAAUGGGUAGGUCUAGCUCAUUGAUAUGUAGAUCUGACGCAGUUGCUACCUCAGAUUGAGCCUAGCAAGUCUUUUGAAUGGGGUAUGUAUGUAGUACCCACAGAAGGCCACAGGGAGUAUAAAGAGAGCUAUAAACAAACUGCUUUUUGCCUUAAAAACCCUAAACCUAACAAUCACAUUUUUUCAAAUCAGCAGAUGUCACAAAGUGCUUGCUAUACAGCCUUAACCGUAAUCUCGAAUUCUAUGGUAGGGUAGCCUAGAAAACAUUGAAACCUAUUUUAGUAAUAAUAUUAUGACAGUAAAUACCAUUAUAGUACUAAAGCAUUUAUUAUAAUAAUAAUAAUAAUAUGCCAUUUAGCAGACGCUUUUAUCCAAAGCGACUUACAGUCAUGCGUGCAUACAUUUUUUUGUGUAUGGGUGGUCCCGGGGAUCGAACCCACUACCUUGGCGUUACAAGCGGCGUGCUCUACCAGCUGAAAACCUGUCUAGGCAUAUAUUUUUGAAUUAGUUAUAUUUAUUAUUGCAAGGCAGUACACUUGAUAAACAAGGCACGUUUGUUUUAAUUUUCAAAUGUGGUUUGAACCGGGUGACCUAGUAACCUCUAUGUGAAAGUCCAGCUAUUGGCGUGGGGCAGGUUUGAGACUGAUCUAAGGAAUUAACAAGAAAAAUGCACUUUAUUUCUCAGCUGCCUCACCAAUGUCUUUACGUGAAUUAAUAACUUUUAGUUGCUAAAUAUUUCCAAUAGAUGGCAGCAUAAGACCACGAAGAUGGGUGACAUUAUCUGCCAAAGUAACAUCCCCUUUACAUAUAAACUCAGCCACUGGACACACACUGAAAACAAGCCUUUUUUUAAAAACAAAUCUGGUAGCUCAAACAAGCCUUUGCUGAGCAGUUUGUUUUCAGGGGUGUGCCAUCAGUCGUCGGUCUGCCUGCCUUGUCAUCAGAGGAGUAGAUCUGAGAAUAAUGAAACGUUUAUAAGUUAUUGCCACGCUUUCACAUAAAGGCCUAGUUUACAUUUUAUUCAUUUAGCAGACUCUUAUCCAGAGCGACUCAGGUUGUCUUGCUGCCCCAUUGUUUCCCUAUGGGAAAAUAAAUUUCAUUAAUUUGUUAUGGCCUCGCACUAGCUAGUGUUCCAGCUCAACCAACGUUAUUUGGCAGUUUUUUCAGCCUUGGGUGAAUUUUGGCUUGUUCUGUUGUCCAGCCAACUCAAGUUGAGAAAUGUAGGCACACAUAGAAAUAUAGGAACACAAUAAAAAAGAUUUGCUUUAAUUAAUUUUACUAAGUCGCACUGUAGAGCCCUGUGUGGGGCAAUAUACAAACUUUUUUUGAGAAAAAUAUAGAAAAAUAAAGUUGUAUCGAGUCAAUGUAUUUAUUGAUUAAUAAUAGUAAUGAAUUGAAGGUUAUUUGUUGAUGUAAAAAUCUAAAUAUACAGAUUAUUUGUUUUAAAUUUAUAUAUAUAUAUAAGUUUAAGGUUGUCAUUAGAUUUGGUGUGGGGUAGCCAGAAACUCUGGUUAGGAAAAUGGCAGCUGAAAAAGUUUGAAUGCCAAUGCUGGCGGCAUUACAUUUGUUGGUCCACUGGCCACUGUGGAGGGUAGAUACAUUUUCUUACACACACACACACGUGGCAACGUAAGCCCCUCAGCCCUCGUUUGUGAUAGUUUGCGAGUGUACAGUUCUUCUCACUCUGGGGCCUGAAACGCCCCAUAAUUCAAUUUGCGAUGAUUGUACAUCCGUUAAAAGUCAGCCAAAACUUAAAAGCAACAUCAAUAUAGAGAAGUCCACAUACAAGUGUAAGUAAAGACAAAUGUAAAUAAGUUAGAAAUUGUGCUACGAAUGCACAUGACGGCACAAACCCGUAUCGUAAAAGUUAUGUUUAUGUUUGGUUAGCUUUUGGAAACGUUAGCUAGCGCAUACAACUUUCCCUGACAUCACACUUAUACGUUGUAAUUUUCGAUUUACCUGAUAUUGUUGGAUGGCUAGCAUUCGAUGUCUGCGGAUGAGUGUUCUUCUAGCCAAGAUAUGAAAUGCAAUCAUAAUUGACUGUAGCGCAUAUAAAGCACACACAACAGCUACCGGUGGUUCCAUGAUGACUGAAAACACAACUGUGGUACGAACAAGUGACACAUUUCCGGGCAAGGGCUGUUCAUUUGAUAAUGUAUUAAUUCCUUGCCCUGCAAGUGUCAACGCAUCAUACGUCAUCAGAAGUGUCCACUUAAUUUGAGGGGAGAGUCUGACUAGACGUCUUCUCUUCCCAAGCAGUUGUAACUCAAACAUAGAAAAACGACCUAGCUUUUGAACAAAACAACGUAAAUAGCCAAGAAACACAAGGUCAAAGUCUCACUUCAGUAGACUUUAUUUUCAAGUAAAUUAGACCAACUUGUAUGCCUGUGCCCAGCGCUUCUAAAAAUGAAUCUUUCACUCAGCUCUUCACGUGCACACUGCCCCCAGCCAGGCAAUGUUGCAGCACGAGGUGGAAUAGGAUUCAUAGUUCUUUUGACUUUGUGCGAUUUAAUUUACCAGCUAUGAAGCAGAAUGGCGGAAUUUGAAAACAGCUACUGCAGCAUUUAUUUUACUAUAAAUGUGAUCAUACUUUUUAAUUCACAAAUACGAGUGAAAUGCUUGCACUGUGGAGCCCUGACCACCUGCCAACGUGGCUGGUGAAAUAGACAUCUUAGCCGCCAAUGCCAAAAUCUACCUGCAUGUGGCGGGUGUUAAUUGUAGGCCCUGACUGCUGUACAGGGUUGUAAACCUGUGAGGCCUGUCUCUUUCUCACCCCAGUCGGACCAGUGCACCGGGCUUCAGGGCUUCCUGAUCUUCCACAGCUUUGGUGGUGGAACUGGCUCCGGCUUUGCCUCUCUGCUCAUGGAGAGACUGUCUGUGGACUAUGGCAAGAAGUCCAAACUGGAGUUUGCCAUUUACCCUUCACCUCAGGUAUGGCAAUGGUUUAGUGUACUUGCUCACAUUAAUAUUUGGUAGAUUUCUACAUUAGCAAAAUAGUAUUGUACUUAAUUGUCCUGUACUCAACACUUCUAUAUGGAGGUUUUCAUUAUCAAAAUGUGACACCUAAUGACUGUUCUACCUCUUGUGUAUGUGUUCAGGUGUCCACAGCUGUGGUGGAGCCCUACAACUCUAUCCUGACCACCCACACCACCCUGGAACACUCGGACUGUGCCUUCAUGGUUGACAACGAGGCAAUCUAUGACAUUUGCAGUCGUAACCUGGACAUUGAGCGCCCCACCUAUACUAACCUCAACAGGCUCAUUGGCCAGAUUGUCUCCUCCAUCACUGCCUCGCUGCGUUUUGAUGGAGCCCUCAACGUGGACCUGACUGAGUUCCAGACCAACCUGGUACCCUACCCCCGUAUCCACUUCCCCCUGGUCACCUACGCACCUGUCAUCUCUGCUGAGAAGGCCUACCACGAGAUGCUCUCUGUGGCAGAGAUCACCAACGCCUGCUUCGAGCCCGCCAACCAGAUGGUGAAGUGCGACCCUCGCCAUGGCAAGUACAUGGCCUGCUGCAUGCUGUACCGUGGGGAUGUGGUGCCCAAGGACGUCAACGCUGCCAUCGCCACCAUCAAGACCAAACGCACCAUCCAGUUUGUCGACUGGUGCCCCACCGGCUUCAAGGUAAACAAGCAAUGGUUAUUCAUUCACAAUGAUCUAUGUUCCUUAACCUUUUCAAGUAUAAUUGGUUAGUCAGGUUUUUAGACCAUUUUUUUCUUCUUGUGCCCUACAGGUAGGCAUCAACUACCAGCCACCCACAGUGGUGCCAGGUGGAGAUCUUGCCAAGGUCCAAAGAGCCGUGUGCAUGUUGAGCAACACCACAGCCAUCGCUGAGGCCUGGGCUCGGCUUGACCACAAGUUUGACCUGAUGUAUGCCAAGCGUGCCUUUGUGCACUGGUAUGUGGGAGAGGGUAUGGAGGAGGGUGAGUUCUCUGAGGCCAGAGAAGAUCUGGCUGCCCUGGAGAAGGACUACGAGGAAGUGGGAGUGGAUUCAGUGGAGGGAGAGGCUGAGGAAGGAGAGGAGUACUGA